CCUCUGCAUCCACUCACCAUGAAGAUCCUCCUGGUUUUCGCCGCUCUCGUGGCAGCCGCCGUCAGCGAGCGGCUUUUCGUGGGGGACCAGGUCCUGCGCAUCACGGCCAGGGACGAGGAGCAGAUCGCCCUGCUCAGGGUGCUGGGCGAGCGGGCAGAGCUGCAGGUUGACUUUUGGCGUGACCCCACCAGCCCUGACCACCCAGCCGACCUCCGGGUGCCCUUCCCCAGCCUCCAAGCGGUCAAGAUCUUCUUGGAGUCCCAUAGCAUUUCCUACAGCAUCAUGAUCGAGGACGUGCAGGAAUUAUUGGAUGAGGAAAAGAAAAACAUGACGAAGUCCAGGAGGACAGAGAGAAGCAUCAGCACCUUCGAUUUUGCCUCCUACCACACGAUAGAGGAGAUCUACGACUGGAUGGACGUGUUGGUGGAUGAUCAUCCCAACCUCAUUAGCAAGAUCGAGAUCGGGCAGAGCUACGAGAACAGAUCCCUGUACGUGCUGAAGUUCAGCACCGGGGGAUCGAAUCGGCCGGCCAUCUGGCUGGACACUGGCAUCCACUCGCGGGAAUGGAUCACCCAAGCCACCGGUGUCUGGACGGCCAACAAGAUCGCUGAGGAGUAUGGCCAGGACCCCUCUGUGACCGCCAUCCUGGACAGCAUGGACAUCUUCUUUGAGAUCAUCGCCAACCCUGAUGGCUUUGUCUUCACCCACAGCUCCAACCGCCUGUGGCGCAAGACGAGGUCCGUCAACGCCGGCUCUGAUUGCAUCGGUGUAGACCCCAACCGAAACUGGAAUGCAGGCUUUGGAGGCUCCGGCUCCAGCAGCGAUCCCUGCUCCGACCUCUACCGCGGCCCCUAUGCCCACUCUGAGCGCGAAGUGAAAGCCGUCGUGGACUUCAUCCAAGGCCAUGGGAAUGUGAAAUCGGUCAUCUCCAUCCACAGCUACUCCCAGAUGCUGCUUUUCCCCUACGGCUACAAGAGAGGUCCUGCAGCCCAUCACCAGGAACUGAAUGAGUUGGCUAAAAAGGCGGUGAGGGACUUGGCUGCCAUGUAUGGGACGAAAUACUCCUACGGCAGCAUCGCGAACACCAUCUACUUGGCAGACGGCACCACCGUCGACUGGGCCUAUGACAAUGGGGUGAAAUAUUCCUUCACCUUCGAGCUGAGGGACACGGGACGCUACGGCUUCCUCCUGCCCAGCACCCAGAUCAUUCCCACCGCUACCGAGACCUGGCUGGCACUGCUGGACAUCAUGGUCCACGUCCUGGAGAAUCCAUACUGA